AUGAGUGGGAAAUCACAAACACCCAAGCGCCCAGAAUUCAUUUACUCAAAUUUCCAGGCUGCAAUACACAGUUUAACUCCUACUGAACCAGCUCGAGUGUCGCUGCUGGACGAGGCACAAGAUGAUACGUUAGUGCAUAAUUUGCGAAGUUCGAUAUCCGAAUCUGAUAUUCUUGCUAGUGAUCUUGAAGCGUUGGUGAAGGAUUUGGAGGAGGAUGACAGGAGGGAAGAAGAGAUCGAACAUGGAAUGGAGAAGACUAUGGAAGAGAGACGGGGACUGCGAAGGAGGAGUAGAAUUCGAGGCUUGAAUAUACGGACGAAGAGUUUGCACGGGUGGAUUGCCUUGGUGAAUGUUGUUUGGGGAGCGUUGACAUGUGGUAUGAACGUCUUUCAUGUUGUACUCGGUACUAUGUUUCUGUUGUAUCAUGAAUCUAAUGGACAACCGGAUGACGGACUAUCAAGAAAUAUUCAUAGAUUGAAAUGCUGUGUCAUAACGGCAUUGAUAAUCGAAUGUUUGUUUAGGGUCGUUUUUGUAGUACGUUGUCUAUGGACGUAUACGUUUAAGACUACCAUACGACAUAUUGGGGGCAUAAUAUUAGGUAGAUCUACAACUGGAAAUAGAGUGUUGGUACUGCUUGAUUCGAUAGAGGAGAAACCUUUAUAUGGAAUAUUUUUUGGAAAUCUUGAAGCUCGUGGAUACACUUUGACCUACUCAAUCCCAUCAACUCCCUUCCUUGAUCUCUUCCAUAACUCCCUACGGUCAUAUGAUCAUGUGAUCAUAUUUUCACCAAAGACGAAAACUUAUCCGUCAACUCUCUCUCCAACUGCUCUUGUCUCUUUUAUCAAUGCCGGGGGAAAUAUUCUUCUCGCAGCUUCUUCUGAUGUCUCAGAAACGUGGCGUGAUUUUGCUAGAGAAUUUGAUAUAGAAUUCGACGAGAAAGAUACUAUGGUCAUCGAUCAUUUUAAUUACGACGAAUCGGAUAACGGAAAUCACACUCUGAUUGUCGUAGACAAGGAAGACAUAACUGAUAAUAACGUUGUUAUCGGAAAGGAAGUCAAAGAAGGAACACCAUUAUUAUACAAAGGAAUAGGACAUAAAGCAGGAUCGAGCCCAAUGUUGGUGAAAAUUGCAUGGGCUGGAGAUACGGCCUAUUCAUACGAUUUAGGGAUGAAAAUGCAAGCUGACGAUGGUGAGCAGCUUUUGUACGGAAGAGCUGUCGGAUUGGUGACUGCUAUGCAAGCAAGGAAUAGUGCCAGGGUAACUUUCGUUGGAAGUCUGGACAUGUUUCGGGAUGAGUUAAUUAACGCGUCUGUGAAAAAAAGAGAUUCGCCUUCGUCGUAUGCCAAGUCAGGGAAUGAAGCUUUCCUACGAGAACUAACUAAAUGGACUUUCCAAGAAAAGGGUAUUUUACGUGUUAUCUCACGAGAAAUUCACAAAGAAGGUGAGCAUGAGCAGCAGCAUACAUAUCGCAUUAAAGAUGAUGUGCAAUACUCUAUCGAGAUUUCCGAAUAUUCCGACAACUGGCAAGCAUUCAAUGCAACUGAUGUCCAGUUGGAAAUCAUAAUGCUUGAUCCCUACAUACGCACAACUCUCGACCCUCUCCCAACAUUACCUACUCAGAAUUCGCGUAAAUUCGGGGCGCAAUUGAAGCUGCCUGACGUUUAUGGUGUGUUCACUUUCAAAGUCAAUUAUAAGCGACCAGGAUACACUUACAUUGAAGAUCGGACUACAAUAGCGAUAAGGCCAUUUAGACACAAUGAAUAUCCGAGAUUCUUGAGUGCGGCAUAUCCAUAUUACGUGAGCGCCGUGUCAAUGAUAAUAGGAUGGUUCGUGUUUGUAAUAGUUUGGCUGUUUAACCAGGACAAGGAGAGACUAGAGAAAGUUGUGCAGAAGAAAGUUAGAUAA